ACUCCCGUCUGUCAAAGCCCGAACAUCGGCCCACGUUUUUGUGGCGGCGGCGAGGUCACUGAGUGGCCUUCAGACUUCGAACUGUCCGACGAAGAGGCAUCACCUUCCGAGGAGGACUCCUCCGGCGUCCUAUCAGAGCAGAAAAAGAACCAGCCCUCAUUCUUCAUGUCUCAGCAUAACGCCAUGGGCAAGCGGCACAAGCCCAUCGUCAUCCGGAGUGACUCCGAAGAGCUCGAACAUCUCGAACAACGCUCCACCAUCCCCGACUCAUCGUCCUCCUCCGACGCCCAUCCUGGUCUGGGCUAUGUCAACACACCCAGCGAUCGAAGCCGCCACCAGCAGCGCCAGCCCAUCGUCAUCCGUAGCGACUCCGAAGAGCGCGAAGAGCCUCAGCGACUCCUGGCCCACGACCGCGCUCAGAAAGGCGCGCUCUUAGUAAGUCAGCUGUCCCAGGAAUGGGAAGAACAGCAAGCCCUGCGCGAGCAGCAGAAAGCACGCAAGAUGUGGGACGAGGCAGAAAAGAAGGGCACGCAGAGUCAUGCUCGAAGGGAUGCUCCUCCUACUACUAGGAGUCUGUCAUCACACCAACACGGCAUUGAACUAUUACUGAACAUAACUGUGUAGCUUACCAUAUACCCACGGAGUUCCACAACCAGCAAGUGGACGAUGAGCCUACGGACAAGGCUGCACCGAAGCGUGCUCGGGAGAAGCCUCCUCUAAGAACUUGGUCAACAUACAAAGCUGUGCCACCGCCGCUCAACUACUCCGGUGUGGCUGGUUUCGUGCCUGCGGAUUUCCACAACCUGAAAGUGGACGACGAGGCUACGGGCGAGACUGCGCCGAAGCGUGCUGAGGA